AUGCAUCUUAGCAAAUAUUGCCUGAAAAAACUUAAAAACCAGUUUAAAUAUGCGAAUGAAUACGCCAAGAAUUUUCUGGUGUACAAAAUAAGUAAGAAAAUGCGCAUUCCCAUGGUGCUGGACGUUCUCUACAACAUUGUCCUGUGCGUGCUUAUUUUUUCGGCCAUGCUAGUCGGUAUAUAUUUUUUCUUCGGGUCUCUCCCACUGUAUGCGUACAUGGCCGCAUACAUGGCUGUUCGGCCUAAGGCACUGGAAGCAUACGACGGCCUGGUAGGAAACUGGAUAUACGUCGGCACAAUUGUUUUCUGCAUUUUCUUUGAGCUGUUCGCACAUUUUACAGUGUUCAGGGUUUUAAUUAAAAGCUACUACAAGUCUGUCGUUCAGACCUCGACGCUGAACCACAUAGGGUCUCUGCUCUUCUACUUUAGCUGUGUGUAUCUGGGCCUGCUCCUGAGCUGGGUGUUUGUGGACGUGCUGGGAGACCUGCUAGACCUCCUGUCCAUCAAGGAGCUUAGCGGACAGAUUGGCUUGGCGUGCAUCUCCUUGUGUUUGAUCAUCCUCGUGGAAAACGAAGCCAAGGGCGUGCACCGCCGGAUAGCAAAAAGUACGGACAGACCGUUUGCUCUAAUUCUGUACCUGUGCAUGGUCUGGGCGGUCCUUCCCAUGCUGGUAAUUUGGUUUGCAGUCGACUUUGGAAUUCCCCUAACAGCAUACCUCCUGGAAGCUGCCCGGCACGAGAUCAAAGAAAUAUUUGCGUAG